ACUGAUUGCAUAUUGAAAAAACAGUAUUUGUCCAUUUUCUCAUUUUUUUUCUGGGCUCACAAUAUUCAUCAAAAGUCUUCAUUAGCAGCUCUGCUCUUUUGGGUCCUUCAUGGAAAAAUGUUGAAUGCACCUCUCUGCCCUUUAAACCAGUGAUGUAAUGAAAAAGUUUUAGCUUAAUUUUCUUAUCCUUGUCUGCCAUGAUGAACUGUGAAUACAAAGUCAGCCCUUGUUUCUAUGCCAGUGCCAGGUUCUUUGACUGGAAAGCCAAAUGUGUAGGAGGUUUGAGUCCUUCCAUGCAGCCUGCUCUCUUUGCUGUGUACGUGAUGCUAGAAAAAAUUUAAGUCACACUCUGCUAUUCUGUUUAGCUGCUGCCACCAUCUCAUACACAGAGCCCUGUGCCAUAGUAAAGGGACUCCAUUUGAACUGGAUCUUGAUCUUUAUUAAGUGCACUCACUACAUUCAGUACUGCUCCCUGCCGCCUAAGCACUUGACAGCUCAGAAUCAUUUGUCUUGCAACUCUAGUUCCUAAUGACGGGUUCCCUGGGAUUUCUGACAGCCUGCGGUUUGGAUGAGCUCUUGUCUGUGAACUAUGAACUGCUACCUGAGUACAAAGGGUGAACAGCUUUCUCCAGAAGCUCAAAGGGCUGGAAUUUUCCCCAGGGACUCCUGCCACCUAAGAAGAUGAGUCAUUUCCAAGAAGGGAUACACCCAGCGGUGCAAGCUCUGAACUCAGGAAAGUGAAACUAGCACCAGUACUCUUCCCUCGGAGCCAUGGCUGCUGACAACCCUGUAGGAAAUCUCCAAGAUGAAGUGACCUGCUCUGUCUGCCUGGACUUCUUCAGGGAUCCGGCGAUGAUCGUGGGCUGUGGGCACAACUUCUGCCGAGCCUGCAUCACCCAGUGCUGGGAGGGGACCAAGACGGAUGUCACCUGCCCCCAAUGCAGACAGACCUUUCCCCAGAGGAACCUGAACCCAAACAGGCAGCUGGCAAAUGUUGUAGAAAUAGCCAAGAGGCUGCAUGUGCAGAAAGCCGAGGGAGCCAGAGGGCAGCGAGUGUGUGGGGAGCACGGGGAGGCUCUGAAACUGUUCUGCCAAGAUGAUGAAACCCCCAUCUGUGUGGUGUGCAACCGAUCCCGGGUACAUCGAGCUCACAACGUGGUUCCCGUUGAGGAGGCUGCUGAGGAGUACAAGGAAAAACUUUCGGCCUGUUUGAAGACUCUGAGGGAAAGGAGAGAAAACCUCCUCGGAUUGAAACAGGCUGGAGAAAGGAAAACCCAGGAGUAUCUGAAACGGGCAGGAGCCGAGAGGCAGAAGAUUGUGUCUGAGUUUCAACAGUCCCACCAGUUCCUACUGGAACAAGAGCAACUCCUGCUGGCCCAGCUGGGAAAGCUGGAGAAGAAGGUUGAGAAUAUGCAGAAAGAAAAAGUCAUUAAACUCUCUGAGGAGAUUUCCCAUCUCAACAAGCUGAUCAGCAAAAUGGAGGCGAAGUGCCAGCAGCCAGCAAGCAAGUUCCUGCAGGUGUGACAAGGGGGAGAUCCCACAGCCGGUGCCAAUUUCUCCUGAGCUGGAAAGGAGACUCUGGGAUUUCUGCCAGACAACCUGUGCACUGACAGAGACUGUGAGGAAGUUCAAAGGUACGGAGAAGGGAUGUGGGCGGAGAUGCAGAGAGGAGUGUCUGUGGCCAUGGGAGGAGAUGGGCUCUGGUCUAUUGGCUGAAAACCAAGUUAUUUAUAAAUGGCACAGAGCCCACAAACUGAGUGGAGGUAGGAGAGCCCAGGCAUUAAUGUGGUAUGUUCAUGCACCCCAUGACGUCAGAAAGGCCCCUAUAUAGCCAGAUAAUUCGCAGUCUUUCCCCAAGACAGAGCCAGGCAGGGCGUGUGCUCUGGGCUGCGUCACUCGCAGCUGCACGAGCAGUCGGUGGGAGCUGCAGGAGCCCAGCUCCUCUGAGUGCCAGGGCUUGGGUGCUCAGUGGUUGGCAUCCAAAAUAGAGACUCCAAAUCCACGGCUUUUUCUGAAAUAUGUACCAGAGGUGGGAGCUGGGCUGCAAUGUCCUUACCAACCCGACAGCAGGAAGUGUCAUGUCUGUGCCCCUUUCCCCUCCAGACACUCUGCCGUCUGCCUUGGAGAAGAGAAGCAGGGGUCCAUCAAAGCCGUACACCAAGGGUAAGCUUUCGUGGGGAUUGUUUCACAGCAAAUUCCCAGAAUCCCGCACAAGCCACGAACAGUUUCUCUUCGCU